AUGGUGUCUGUAUUGCGUGCAACCUUUAAUCAUCAACCACGAGUGAACAUGCAUAUCAUUGAUAUGAAUACUGGUGAACCGUCUACCUCAGUUUUGAGUGGAGCCAGCCAAUCAGUGACGUCGAAACAAGUAGCACUCAGUCAAGAUCUGGUCAAAUCUACAGACAGUCGAGCUGAUAGUGUUAGAAGAUUACGAGAGAAGCCACAUUUUCACAGUGUUUUAUUAGAGAGCAAUAAGGAAAAUGCGAUCCCAAGUAGACUUUCUCCUUAUAGCAGUGACAGUGACACGUCACCCCAGGACCCAACGCGGAAACCGUCAUAUCUAAAAAUUAGUUGUGCUGUGAGCGGUUAUGGUAGAUAUAGUCAAUACACAUCAUAUAAAAACAUAGAAAAACGAUCACCUUAUUCUAGUAAUAGUUCAGUCAAAUCUGAUCCCAAUUCACCAGAAACUGUUGGAAUGCCGUCGGCACGAAUUAUCGACGGGGAACGUGCUAGUGAUGACUGUUUACGUGCGUGUGUAGGUCAGGGUUUACAAGGACCUACGAUAAAGUGCGGGGAACAUGAUGUUGAUAAGGGUUUGUUAUUUAAUGGACUGUCAUACCCUACUGGAGACCGAAUUAAGGAUGGUGAGUUUUUCCUCCAGUUAACACAGUCAGAAGAAGAUAGAUUAUUAACGUUAUGUUCACAAGAAGAAAUUAACAUGAAAACACAAUCACUACCAGAAGAAGCAUUAGGAAGAAUACGGGCAGCAAUAGGUAAAGCUAAUUUAUUAGUCAAUAAACGAUGUCAACAGUUCCGAGACUUGUGUCGAGAUCAUCAGUAUCCUGAUCCAGAAGCUAAAACAACGAAAUGGGCUGAUUUACAAGGAUUCUGGGAUAUGGUAAAGAUACAAGUAGAUCAUGUAGAUGAUAUGUUCGCUGAGAUUGAUAUUAUGAGAAAUAACGGGUGGAAAGAAAUUCCUCUACAGUUAUCAAGACGUAGUUCAGCUAGUUCUAGUCCUAAAUCAGGCAGUUUGUCUCAAAAUAGUACCCCCAGUCACACUCCAGGAUCAAAAAGAAAAAGUUUAAAACCCAAAGAAACUCCAGAAUCAUCACCGGAGCGAAGCCAAAAAGCGAAACAAGCAGCAAAAGCUCGCGAUGAGGCACGUAAGAGACUUUUAGCGGAAAAACGUGCCGCAAUGAAACAACAGCAGAGCGAACAGAGCCAGAAUAUAGAAAUAUUUUUAACAGAAGGAAGUGGAAAACAAUGA